GCCGCAGCCCGGAGCACACGGAGCGAGCGGGAGGCGCGGGGCCGAGGCCUGAGCAGCGUCUGCCGCACCGCCUCGCCCUCGCCGCCGCCUCGCGAGCCCCUCAGGGCCGGACUAGGCCCAGGCCCGAUCGGCGCCGCGACCUCGCGUGCGUAGAGCCGUCGGGCCAGGAGGCGCGCAGCUCCGUCACCUUCCGGGGAGAGGGGCGAGGCCUCCUCCCGCCAGGCCCGUGAAGGGAGCGCUUCCUUCCCCGCUUGGCCUCUCUGCCUCGCUUUCCCCUCCAAGGACAGUGCCGUCCCCGCUAGGCCCCGCCGCCUCCCCUUCUCUUCCUCCGGAGGUGAGGCCUCAUUCCUGGAGGAGGGCCGCCAACUCCCGGGAAAACUGUCAGGAAUUUAUUGGCAGGAGCCCAUCCGUUCCCCGAGUUUCUUAUUGAGAAGAAUUCCCCUCCAGCUAAUCAGAUACACGAGAUUCCUCUUUAGAGAGACCUCCCCAGGAUACUUCAGCCUAAACCUUCCAAAGACAACAACUCCCUGUCAAAGCCAGUCAAAAUACUCCUUUGGAAGAAGAUGCUUGUGGGAUAGAUGAAGAGAAGGAGGAACUGGGAAAGACAGAAGGGGAAAGGGAUUCCCCCUGUAGCAAAUCAAGUAGCACCGAAAUAGCCAGAAAGACAAGGAAGAUACCAAUAAUUCCCGGGUUUUGGAGACCUGAUCUUUCUGCUCCUAUCCUUCCUAAGUCCCUUCUAAGGAGAACUCUGGAAAAGCAGCAGCACUUUGUGCCUGGGGCCUGCAUGCGGAAUCUGGAGGCGUCUUAGAGGAAAGGCCAGAGUCACCUGCUUCAGACACCUUUGCUAUAAUUUUGCCUCCAGCAUCAUGGCCUCUGACCUGGAAAGCAGCCUCACUUCCAUUGAUUGGCUCCCACAGCUUACUCUUCGGGCCACGAUUGAGAAACUAGGCAGUGCUUCUCAGUCAGGCCCCCCAGGGGCUGGCCGGAAGUGCCCUCCGGGUUCACCCACAGACCCCAAUGCCACCUUGAGCAAGGAUGAUGCUGCGGUUCACCAGGAUGGGAAGCCACGCUACAGCUAUGCCACUUUAAUCACAUAUGCCAUCAACUCCUCACCUGCCAAGAAGAUGACCCUCAGUGAGAUCUAUCGCUGGAUUUGUGACAACUUUCCAUACUACAAGAAUGCUGGCAUUGGCUGGAAGAACUCCAUUCGUCACAAUCUGUCUCUGAAUAAAUGCUUUCGAAAAGUGCCUCGGCCACGGGAUGACCCUGGAAAGGGUUCUUAUUGGACAAUUGAUACUUGUCCUGAUAUUGUCCGUAAGAGGCGGCAUCCACCAGAUGAUGAUUUGUCACAAGAUUCCCCAGACCAAGAGGCAAGCAAAAGCCCACGGGGCCCCAUCCCUGUUGGUGCAGAAGCAUCACUGUCCCCUGAAUCCACCCAGCAACUGUCAUUGCAAAGCACACCAUCUAUUGGCAACUACAGUCAGCAGAGUGCAGGCCCUGUUGAUGUGGCAGCUACAGUAGCAGGUGGACAGGGCCGCGAUGGAGCAGAAGUGCCACCUCCACACUAUAGUACCAGCAAUGACUUGAAAUUCUCCUAUUCUGAGAUCAAUUUCCAGGACCUGAGUUGGUCUUUCCGAAAUCUCUAUAAAUCCAUGCUCGAGAAAUCCUCCUCUUCCCAGCAUGAUUUCUCUUCCCUCCUGGGUGACAUGCAGCCCUCCAAUCACAACUAUUACAUGUACCAACAACAGCAGAUGCCCUCUUCAGUGGGAGCACCACCCCCACUCCAUACUCCAACCUCAGAAGGUUGUCCCUCCCAGGGUGGCAAGCAGCAAGGAGGUGACAGCUAUGGUCCCCCACCUGUGAUGUCCAUUCACCCCUCUUCAAUGCAGCAUGGAGGAUAUCACCAACAUCAACAGCACCACCCACACUCCCAUUCACAGCAGCAGCAGCAACAACAGUCACAGGCAUCUAUCAAUAAUGCUAGCUUUGCCUUUCCCCCUGAUUGGUGCUCCAACAUUGAUUCCCUAAAAGAAAGUUUCAAGAUGGUGAAUCGACUCAACUGGUCUAGCAUUGAGCACUCCCAGUUCUCAGAGUUGAUGGAGAGUCUGCGCCAAGCUGAGCGUAAGAACUGGACCCUAGAUCAGCACCACAUUGCCAACCUCUGUGACUCCCUCAAUCACUUUCUCACCCAGACCGGCCAGCUCCCUCACCUGGGAGGCCCACAGCAGCCUCCCCGAAUCGAGUCCUGUGCCAUGAAUAGUGGCAAACAAGAGCAGCCCAUGAACCAAGUGAACUCUUAUGGUCAACCACAGCCUCCCCAUCUCUACUCUGGGCCAUCUCCAAUGUACCAGAUUUCUACCCAGGACACGCCAGGGUAUAAUCGUCCAGGUCAUCAUCUGGUUCAGCGGCCGCCUCCAGGUGCCAGUGAGGAAAUCCCUGAUGAUUUCAACUGGGAUUUGAUCACCUAGCAAGUUAGAGACUUGAUAGCACAUCCCUCACGUAGGGUGUGGGAAGGGGAGCCUAGGGUUCCGGUCACUUUCCUUGGCUGUAUAUAGAUAUGUAUUCUCUACUUCCGCCAGAGAAGAUCCCGCAAGAUGCUGCCGAAGAUAAUCCUUCCUUGCGCUCCCUGAUUUACCUUCUUUUCUUCUUCUUCUUCAUUAUUAUUAUUAUUAUCAUUAUUAUCAUCAUCAGUAAUUGUGCACAACCCUCCCGCUCCAUCUUCCAGCUUCGGAUUUUACACACUUUACUGGCCCUUGUGUGGGAUGGAGAGAAGGAAGACUGCUUUGAGAUGCCAUGAGACGACCUCGGAAGGAGGAUUUCUUGAGAGCAUCUGUUUCUUCCCCUAGCACUUGCGUCUAACAAUCCCUCUUUCCCUCCACGGUGGCCAGUGACCCUGUUUCAUUGGCUGCGAGAGUGAGAGAGCCACGUGGAUCUUGAGAGUCUGUAAUAAUUAUGUUCUUUCGUACAUGUUGUAAAGGUGGGGGGCGGGGGGAGGGAUUAAUCUGGUGUUGAGGAGGGUGGUCUGUGGACCGUUUCACACUAGCAAGGGGCAGCUAGAAAAGUAAGGGAAUAACGAAGGCUGAGAAUAGGAAGCUUUUAGGGUGUGGUAAAUAGCUGGCAUUCUGGCUUGACAGAAAGAGAGGGGCGUUGAGUGGAAAGCAAAGACUUCUUUUGAGCCUGAAACGUUGUAGUUAGGAGUCUGCUGCUGGUAGGGACUGAAUGUCUGGGAAAGAUGAAGGGGGCUUUUACCUUUUGUCUACACUGCCUUUUCCAAUCACUGCCAUUUUGCACUUGCCCCCCUUGGCAGAUGAAGAAAGCUCUGAUUUACAUUGGCAUCGUGUGAGUUGAGUACCAAGAUCUAGCCAGGCUCCUCAGGGCUGAUUGUAUCACACACUUUUUUCUCCUUUGCCUUCUCUCAUAAUGCAGCAAAGCACUUACUUGAAUAUGCUGAUAAGACAUGUAAAUCAAGAAGUAUUCCUCUCCUGUGCAACAUUUUUUUAAAAACUUCUGAAUUUCACUUCCCCUCCAGAUUCUUUAGAAAGAGCUGUGGCUUGUAAUGUAAGAGCAGAGGUCAACUGUGUGCAUUCUGCUUUUUAUGAAAAAGUAAUUGACAUUUCCUGUUUCAUGAAUGAACUGAUGUGAAAAUAGGAAUGUAUAGCUGAGUUGAAUUUGGUGGGUGGUGUUUCAAACUCCCCCAUUAAAACAAAGAGGCAUCUUGCUGCAGGAGAUAUGGAAAGUGAAUAAACAACUGGGAAAUAAUUUUUUUAAAAGUUCCUUCCUCAAGGGAGGUCAAGAAGGGCAGAUGUUCAGUUGUGUGGCAGUUCUUAGGGUGUGGAAACCCAGAAGGUUUCCUCUCUCCAUUUCUGUAACCUCGGGCAUCUGCAUAGCACCUUGGUAGUCACAAUUUUAGGGAACAAGACGUGAUAGAUCACUCUUGGUCAUCUGUGAGGGCUUUUCUGAAGGAGGGUGUCUUGUUUUGGGGUAUGGGACCCACUUAAACAGCACUUCAUGGCACUUACAAGCACUUAUAAGUAUUGGGGAUAGGGUUUUUAUCCAAAAAUAAGGGGACAUCAGGUUUGAGGGGGAUACUGGGGAUCUGAAAGACCAGUUUCAAACCAAGAACAAGGUUAGUUCCCCAAAAGACAGCAUGUGGCCUAUGGUCCACACAGUUUCCACCUCUGCCACUAGAGAUAAUAAUGGGCAGCAGUGGCAGUCUGGAACUGAAUUGGAUUUAGAUUUGGAUCUGGAUGGCUGGCCCCUCUUCACUGCUUUGUCUUCAGUGUUGGGUCUGAAUCUUUUGCCAGAUCACUUGUUAAUCUUCAUGCUCUUCAACUGCAAGCCUGCUUUGUGUGUCAAGGGGAAACUUAACUUGGAAGCUAAACCAUCAUGGAAAUGUGCUGGGUCAGGGGUGGGAAGGUUUUGUAGUAGCAUUGCUUUUGACUUGCUGUUUCAUUGGAUUUGGGAGGGAGGGGCAUUUGUGGUUGUGGGGGAAACAGUCAUCGUGUAUUCGGAGAGGAGUGGACAAUCCCUAAGCUAAACACAUGGAAGAGUUGUGAAGGUUGCCUGCACUUUUUAUGCACAAGAGAAGUAUGAAAUGACCAGAAGGGCCUUCUGGUGAGAUUUUCUGGAACAUAACAUAGAGAUGAAUUUUGCUUCUAAUGUCAAUCAGUGCUUUAUUUGAGAACAAGAGUCCAGAAGGCCUUUGAGAGAAAAUGGGGUUGGGGGGGUGGGUUGAGGAGGAAGAGAAAAGAUCAUGCCAUUAGUUAUUUAAAGGCUCUUCAUUCAGUUAUUCAGCUGCACCUUGUUUGCAUAUGUAAAUAUAUGCCUGUCCGUGUGCAUAUUAGCCCCAUCCUCCAUUUGCCUCUGAAUUAACUGCAUUGUUCUUGAGUGGGUUAGCAUUGGAUUGGGCACAUGGAGUCGCAGACUGAGCACUGGAAUUCUGCACUGUGAGCAUCUGCCGCGGCUUGUCCUGGAAAAAGAAUCGGGCCAAAGGGUGGGCAAGGAGAGAGGAAUCCAUCGUCUGCCCGCCUGCUGCAGUGCAACCUAAAAUGCUUUAUAUCAAGGAGAUGGCAGAGGGGUGUGGCCUCACAAAUUUAUUUUUGUGCAUGCUUUCUUAAUUAAAAAAGUGAAUGUUUAUGGUUUAA